AUGGACGCCUACGCCUACCUAAUCCGCCACGGCUGGUCCGGCCCCGGAAACCCACUGAACCCGGACGGCGCAGGCGCGCGCUCUGGUCUCGGCCUCACAAAACCCCUUCUCGUCGCGCGACGAUCCGGAAACCAAGGUGUGGGGAAUAAGACGACGAAAGACCCGACGAAUCAGUGGUGGCUGCGAGGCUUCGAAGAUGCGCUGAAGGGCAUUGGCGCGCCGAAGGAGGACACGAUUAUCGGCAAGGGGAAUGCGUUGACGAGCGAGCUUUAUCGGCAUUUUGUUCGUGGGGAGCUUAUUCCUGGUACUUUGGGGAAGAAGCAGGAGGGGAAGGAAGAGAAAGGGGAUUCUAAGAAGAGGAAGAGGGGGGAUGGUGGGGGAGAGACGAAGGAGGAGAGGGGAAUAAGGAGGGAGGAGAAGAAGAGGAGAAAGGCUGAGAAGGAAGCGAGGAGGGAAGUGAGGAGGGUGAAGAAGGAGGCGAAGGCGAAGAGGGCUGCGGAGAAGGCCGAGAGGAAGGAGAGGAAGGCUAAGGAGAAGGAGGAGAAGAGGGCGAGGAAGGUUGAGAAGGCGAAGAUGAAGGACGAGAACUCUGAGGACAGUUAUCCUACGCCGGUAUCGAUGGAUUUGGACUCGACGGAUUCACAAGACGGGGCUUCGUCUUUGGACGCAGAGAAGCUGAAGAAGAAAGAGAGGAAGGAUAAGAAGGAAAAGGAAAGCAAGAAAGAUAAAGUCUCGAAAGAGAGCAAAAAGGACAAGAAGCGAGAGUCCUCGUCCGACGAGAGCUCGAAACGAAAGUCAAAAAAGGCCAAAACGACUUGA